UCAAUGUUGUAGAAAAUGACCAAAAACUCGAAGCCAACGAACGUGUAUUUUUAUAUAUUAUUUUGUUGGCAAUAUCCUACAGGGCUUUCAUUAAUCGCUACGAAUGUAUUUGUAUUUCAUUUCAUUAUUUGUCCCUUUUCCGUAUAUCUCCAGCUACCCGACGUGCAGCAGCCGCGGGAAAUUUUCCUCAAAUCGGAAAAGGGCGAAAUCGACGUGUUCCUGUGCCCGGAAUCAUCGGAAUCGUCGCCCAACAACAAUCUGCUCGCCGGAACCAGCAGCAGCAACGGAAGUCUGAUCGGUACCGCUAUCGGGAACGGUAACAGCAGGCCUGGACCGGAUCCCUUGUUAGAAAAUAUAGAUCCCCUGUUAUCGCCAUUGAGCGAAAAGUUGUUUAGUCCCAAGAAUCGGCUGCGUGGAGUUUGGGGAAAACCAUUCAGUUCAGCGCAACGCAACCUGUGCAAAGCCUUGUUUGGCAGUGCCCCUGUAGAAGUUAAAAUGGAACCAAUGACUGAGGUGCUGGACUCGCAUCUGGUCCAAAGUGCCAAUAAGCCUGUAUCCCCGCUCACUGCUUUGCAUAAAGAACUGGAACUGCUCAGCGAACGUGGUUCACCACCUGGCAGCAACAGUAGCAACGACAUCAGUAAUCGGAGUAACGACGGUGUGUUGUCUGCGGCGAUAAAGAAGGAAAAGAUCGAGGACAUUGGUCUCGGCAUAAAGUCAGUGCCUGAACUAACAAUGAACAAGUAUGCUUCGUUGAAUGAUUCGAAACUGAGUCCCGAAGCGCUGAUAACUCAGGCCGAACAAAUGAACGUAAUGCUGAAGGGAUCAAGUGCCAAAUCGACGCCGGUGAACAUGCAGCCAAAUGACAUGAUGGCCGUUUAUGGCAACUGCAGCCCGUUCAGUUUGCAGUACUCAGGAGUGACCGGGAUGGAUGCAUUCAUGCCGCUUGAGCCGCUGGACAGCGGCUACAACUUUUCGCUGGACCCCACGGAGGGCGUGUUCGAUCUGUUUGAUCUGUUUUAAUUUUUAGUUCAAAUUUACAACCCGUGCGCGCGCGGCUAUGCAGAAUAUACGCAUAUUGGUAUAUCCUACGUUACACAUACAAUUGUUUGUAUCUCUCACCGCGUCGUCUUAAAGCCGCAAACGGUCGCUGGAAAUAAUGUUUUUCCUGAAGGAUUUCCUGGUUCAUCCAAAGUCAAAGUGAAAAUAAUGUUGAAACGGAAGUAUUUCAGUUUCAGACACCGAUUGAUUAUUCCAUUUAGGAAAUCAUUUGUUAAAAGGAAUUUAUUACAAAAGUUUACAUUUUUUUCAAUGAAAAUUUCAAAAAUUAUUUCAUAUUCAAAUUUCCAAAAUUUAGAACCUAAUUUAUAUCCAAAGAAUGUAGUUUGAAAUUUGAUCCAGAUACGUACUAAAACUUCUUAACUCGAGUCAAAACAUUUUAUGUUCAGGCUUGAAUGAAGAUUUCUGAUGUAGUAGAAGUAAUUUUUGCGCUUCAUUUUAUUAAUCUGAUCAAUCAUGUAAAAACGUUGAAAAAUUAAAAAAAAAAUGAAUAUUUUUCUACUUUAUUAUUUAUUCUAUUUCUAAGAAAUUUGUAUUCUGCAAAGAAUCAGCAUAAUAUAACUAAAAUCAUUUGUAGAUGCAAUAAAAAAAAUGUUUUUGAUAACAAUGACCUUGUUGAAAACACCUUCCAAAUAUUUGAAUUGUUCCUGCAUUCUUGAAAUAUUCUUUCUGAAGAAAAGCACUUUUCAAACAAAAUAUGUAGUUAAAUUCGACCUUUAUAGCUAACUACAUUUUAAAAAGCACAUAAUCGUGCAAAAACCUUCUUACUGAACUGAUCCAACAUUGUUUUUAAAAUGAUUUUUUGAUGUUCAUACGGAAUAUCUUUCCAUCGACCCAGCAGAGGCUCACAUGCUUGGUGAGAGAUCGUAGUAUAAGAAAGCAUUGCAACAUCAAUUCGGAAAGAGUAGGUAUUUGUUCGCUGCAUAAUUUCAGGCUUACAAUAAGAUUUUUUUAACAUCUUACUAUUGAUUGGUGAAUAGUUAUAUUUUUUGUACAUAUUAUUAUAUAAAUUAUUGAAAAAAGUAGAUUUAAACAAAUCAAUUCGUGAAAGUAUGAAGAAAGUUUCUUUUUUUGCACUAUGGGACGUCCGAUUUUAUAAUUGAGGAAAUUUUAAGGUGACCUGACUGCAAACCACUCCCCGUUGCUUAAAAAUACAAAACAGGAAUCCCUUGCUUCCGAUCACGAAAGCUUUAGGGGUUCGUCUAGAAGCGCUUAUGAAUCAAAAGAAAAACUCAAAUCAACUGCAACGGGGCUUUUGCAAGCCAUAGCGAGCAAAUCCGCUCACAAAUAAUAACAAAACGAAACAAAAAGAUUCCAAUGCAACUUUGUUCCAUAUCGCUAGACGAGUGUUGCGGAUUGCAUUAAGAAAAACUUCAAUGUCAUAUAAUAAAAACGGCUAAUUAUGAAACAUAAGAGUAAAAACAAUUCUAGUAAUGCGAGUACUAAAAACAAACAAUGCACACAAAACAUAUUUUUAUGGAACGGCGACAAGGAUCUUAAUUUACACAUCUAUAUAUUUUAAUAGAAACGUCUAAAAUCAAUUGAACCUAACAGAAAAAAAAUUAACAAAAACUCAACAAAACAAAACAUCCAGUAACAAGGAGCCGAAAGCAAAAAGUUGCAAGUGAACAAAAAAUUGAAUGUGCAAAGACACUUUUUUUUUUAAAGUAAGCAAAUUUUAUCGACUUAUUUAUGUUAAAUCUUUGUGUCCGUCACAUGAUAAUUACUGUAAUACGCUUGUUAGGUUCAUCCCGUUGCCAAUUGACUAAUGAUUACGAAAGGAGAAGAGGAAGAAUAAUACAUAUAUUGAUAUGCUUAUCGAUUAUAUUAUCCAAUGGUUAUUUUGAGAAACAAUAAAAGAUGCCAAUCUGUGUGGUUUGGUGGCAUUAUGCAACGCAAAACACAACAUUUUCUUUCAAACACAAUCAAUCUGUCAAAUCUCAUUCCUAUUGAAUUUCGUUAUAGAGUUAUCCAGAUAGUGUCAACGUUCAUACAAAUUCGUCGAACUUUCAGCCGAAAUAAUUAUAAUAAGGUCUUGAUUAUCUGUGUUUUUAUUUUCCAUAAAAUAUAUUGUUUUAUUCGAAUUGUUUUAAUAAGACAAAACCGGACUGAUCAGUUAGAAAAGGAUGUGUUAUGUAAAUAUCUACUUGUGAAACAUGCUGUAAAAUACAGAUUGUUAAUGGAGAAAGGGUUGAAGCCUAGUCCAGAACAAACAAAGGCAAGCAUAUACUGCAAAUUGAAAGAUCGGAACAACCAUCUAACAAGUUAACGUACUUUUCCACAUUGUAGCAACAAACCACUCACCACAACAACAAUACAUAGGCUCGGUCUUGCAAAGACAGACGUUACAGGGCGUUUCUUCAUCUGUGUUGUAUAUCACUCGUGAAAAUUGCAAGCGCACGACAAAAACGAAGGGAAAGACGUCAAAUAAAAUAUUGACAACAUUGAACAAAA